AUGUUUAAGGUGCUGAAACAUUUAAUCGCAGAAAGUACUAUUAAGUACUUGGAUUGGUUAAAGGGGACUAGGAUUCAAGAGUUAGAGGAUUCGAAAAUACUCCUAAUACAUAUGCGAGUUUACCAAGUUACGUCCAAAUAUUUAUCUUUCUGUUUUAAAAAAAUCCAUAAUCAAUUUAGUAAAAUACAAGGUAUUUCCUACUAUCAACUGGCUUUUAGCGUUUUAAAUAAAAAACCAAAUAAAAUGGCAAACCAAAAGGUUUUAAGCGUUUGCUUUUUCAUUUACUUAUUCAGAGUUUUUGUGGACAAAGAAAAUGCUCAUUUGACAACACCCCAAAUUUUGACCAAAUAUGGAUACUCAAAUGAAGUCCACCACGUCACUACUUCUGAUGGUUACAUUCUAGCCCUUCACCGCAUCUUGCCUGGUAAAAACACGACCCAUAAACCUGUCUUGGUACUCCAUGGAUUAUUUGUUGAUUCGAGUAGCUUCGUUUCCACUGGGGUGGACCAUGGUCUAGGUUUUAUACUAGCUGAUGAAGGCUACGACGUCUGGCUUGGCAACGUCCGAGGAACCCCGUCCUCGCGCAACCACACCACACUCAACCCAAAUCGAGACCCCAAAUUCUGGGACUUCAGCUGGCACGAAAUGGGCACGAUCGAUCUUCCAGCAAUGGUCGAUCACGUUUUGAACGUCACCCAUCAAGCUAGCCUCUACUACGUGGGGUACUCCCAAGGUACCACCAUCUUUUUCGUCAUGAUGGCAACCCACCCCACCUAUAACGCUAAAAUCAAAGUACAUAUGGCCAUGGCACCUGUUGCCUAUUUGGGUCACAUGAAAAGCGUACCAAUUCGAACCAUGGCCACUUGGAAGGAUUUUUUAAACUUCUGGAUUAAAGUUUUUAAAAUUAAUGUAGUUCCUCCAAAGAAUGCGGUUUUUGUUUUAAGAAGAGUGUGCUCUGUUAGUUCUAGGUUCUGUAAUUUAGUUUUUAUGGCCAUUUUUGCGUAUAAACCAAACCAAGUGGAUUCCAAUACGCUGACUUCUUUUCUGGGACAUUUUCCAGUACCAAUUUCCAGAAAGCAAGGGCAUCAUUAUUUGCAAAUUGUUAAGUCGGGGUACUUUAGGAGGUACGACUUUGGAAGAAGGAUGAAUGAGGAAGUGUAUGGGUUUUCGACUCCUCCUUCGUACAAUUUGUCGCUGGUUACCACAAAAUGUCACUUGUUUUAUAGUCGGGAUGAUUUAGCAGUGUCGGAAGAGGAUGCGGUUAGAGUAUGCAAGGAACUAGGUGGCGCUUGUGGUAGCAGCAAUUUAGUCAAUGGUACUAUCAAACACAUGGAUUGGGUAAUAGGGAUCAGGAUUAGGGAGUUGGUUUACUCAAAACUGUUAAGCAUAAUGGCUAAUUAUUAAAAACAUGGGGAUCUGUACUCUUUAUUAAAUCAUAUACUUACUUAAUUUGAA